AUGGACAACAUCGACGAGGAAUAUGACCGGCUUGUCGAACACCUUCACGACUGCGCGAAGAAGGCUGAGAGUUUUAAAACCACCAAGAGGCGCCUGUCUCUUGAAACUCUUGAGCUGAUACGCCAGCGUGGAACAGCACGAGCCGCAGGGAACCAAGAACUCACGUCCGAGCUCGCAAGGCUUUGCCGAGAGGCGAUAAAGGAAGACCUUAAAGAGAGAAGAGUAGAAGUGCUGGCUGAAGCUGCAGAGGCGGGGAAAAGCAUCCGCUAUGCCCGUCGAGACUUCGCUAGUCGCAAGACGAGGAUGACUGCUCUCCGGAACCCAAAGGGAACAGCCAUUGCAUCGAGAAGGGGGAUGGAGAAAAUCAUCUACGACUUCUACUCUGAUCUCUUCGACAGCCAUGUCCACUUGCCUCCUCACCAUCUGAGGGAAGAUGGACAAGUCAUUCCAGAGGUUCUCCCGUCCGAAAUACGACAUGCUAUCAUGUCGGUAAGAAAUCGUACGGCACCCGGUCCCGACAGAAUAAGACCAGAACACCUGAAGAGCCUUCCGCCAGUACUCAUCAACACCCUGGCGAGGCUCUUUACACGUUAUCUGUCGGAAUGCAAGGUUCCUAAACAGUGGAAGACCAGCAAGACCGUGUUGUUGUAUAAAAAGGGAGAUCCACAUGACAUCGGCAACUAUCGUCCAAUCUGCUUACUGUCCGUCAUCUACAAGCUCUUUACAAGAGUGAUCCUUAAUAGGAUUGGAAAAGUCUUGGAUGAAGGACAGCCAUGUGAGCAAGCAGGGUUUCGAAAAGGAUUCAGCACGAUUGACUAA